AUAAUUUAAUUAAUUUAUAUUGAUGAGAAAGAAGGUCUACACUUAAGCAUAUUUCUUGAUCCAAAACAACCAAAAUUACAGCCAUUCCUUUUGGAGUAAGAAUGAAGUAUGUUGGAUUAAAUACAUUGAUUGGAGUCUAUGCAGUAGCUAGAUAUUAUUUCAAUGCAUUAAGAUUGAAAUCAGCUAAUGGCGAAACUACUUUCGAUUGAUUGGUUGAUAAAUAUGAAAUAUAAUAAUAAAUAUCAUAAGACAUAAUUACAAAAUCUUGACUC